CACCAAGCUGUCAACCUCCACCCACCACCACUCAAUCCCCACCACCAACCACCAAGAUGAUCCUCCGAACCCUCUCCCUGCUGCCUCUCGCCCUCGCGCCCCUCGUCUCAGCCCUGCAAGCACCCAUCCAACCCAGCGUCCUCGACCCACGCACCUCAAAAGAGCUCUUGUCCCUGCACCGCCAGCUCAUCGAAAUCGAAUCCAUCAGCGACAACGAAGGCGGCGUAGGCCAAUGGCUAGCCGGCUAUCUGCGCUCGCUAAACUUCACCGUCGAGCUGCAAGAAGUAACGCCCAACCGGACCAACCUGCUCGCCUACGGUUCUAAACGCGAUACCACCAUCCUCUUGACCUCGCACAUCGACACCGUCCCGCCGUUCUGGCCGUACUACUACAAUGAAACCACCCAGAUGAUCGGCGGACGGGGCAGCGUCGACGCAAAAGCCAGCGUCGCAGCCAUGAUCACAGCAGUGACGGGCUUCAAAGACGCCCUCUUCGACGACAUCUCACUGCUGUUCGUCGUGGGCGAGGAAACAGGCGGCGACGGCAUGCUCAGCUUCAGCGACUGGGCCAAGCGACCCACCUACGACAUCGUCAUCUUCGGCGAGCCCACAGAGGGGAAGCUGGUCUGCGGCCACAAAGGCAUGCUGGGCUUCACCCUGCAGGCGACGGGGAAAGCAGCGCAUUCAGGCUACCCCUGGCUGGGCGUCAGCGCAAACGACAUCCUCGUCGAAGCCCUGGGCGAACUCCUCACGCUACGCGAUAACCUCCCCUGGAGCGACAAAUACGGCAACACAACCAUGAACUUCGGCCGCCUCAACGGCGGCGUCGCAGCAAACGUCGUCGCCGAAUCAGCAUCCGCAUCCAUCGCCACACGGCUCGCAGCCGGCACCCCAAAAUCCGUGCGCGCCCUCAUCGAGAAGACGCUGGUGGACGUGCAGGCCCGCGCCACGCAGGCCGGCGGCGCCCUGCACAUCCAGUGGGGCAGCGAGGGCUAUGCGCCUGUGGAUAUGAGCUGUGAUAUCGACGGGUUUGAGACGCUGACUGUGAAUUAUGGGACGGAUGUGCCGAAUCUCAAGGGCGAGCAUAAGAGGUAUUUGUAUGGCCCUGGCAGUAUUUUCGUGGCGCACUCGGAUCAUGAGGCGCUUAAGAGGGGGGAGCUGGAGCAGGCUGUGCUGGAUUAUAGACGGCUUGUUAUUGAGGCGAGUAAGAUGGAGAAAUAUGGGGGGGUUGAAGGGGAAGUGGUGGAGUUGUAGAAUUUGUAUAAUCGAUAUAAAUUCUCAUACCGGUGUUACGUCUUUUGGGCGUGUUUCUUCUUGCUUGCUCGCUUGCUUUGUUGUAGAAGCAGAUUGACGGAAUGCGACGCGGUGAAAACAUCGACAU